UUCCAGUGAGACGCAACGACUGAGCAGAGUGGAGGAGAGGAGGAAGGAGGAUGAUGGGAGCGACUGGUUCCCCCUGUAAGUGACCCAUAUCUGACGCUACAACCAGACAUUAUCCAGGCUAGCUGUCGCUAUCGAGGAUUUUUCUCCAUCAAGAUGUCGGCGUCGGCGAUAUUUAUCCUCGACCUGAAGGGAAAGGUGCUUAUCUGCCGUAACUACAUGGGGAACAUGGACAUGAAUGAGAUUGACCACUUUAUGCCCAUCCUGAUGAAGAGAGAAGAGGAGGCUGAGAUGACACCGAUGGUCAGCCACGGGUCCUCACACUUCCUGUGGAUCAAGCACAGCAACCUUUACUUGGUGGCGAUGACUAAGAAGAAUGCCAACGCUGCUCUGGUAUACUCUUUUCUUUAUAAAAUCGUCCAGGUGUUUAAGGAGUACUUCAAGGAGCUUGAGGAGGAGAGUAUCCGUGACAACUUUGUGACUGUGUACGAGCUGAUGGACGAAGUGAUGGACUUCGGUUUCCCUCAGACAACUGACAGCAAGAUCCUACAAGAGUACAUCACCCAGCAGGGUCAUAAAUUAGAGGCUGGGGCUCCUCGACCUCCUGCCACCGUCACCAACGCUGUGUCUUGGCGGUCAGAGGGCAUCAAGUACAGGAAGAACGAAGUUUUCAUGGAUGUUGUUGAGUCAGUAAAUCUGCUGGUGAGUGCCAAUGGCAGCGUCCUGCGGAGUGAGAUAGUGGGCACCAUCAAGCUCAAAGUGGUCCUGUCGGGGAUGCCUGAACUCAGAUUGGGCCUCAAUGACAAAGUGCUGUUUGAAAUCACAGGCAGAGAGAAGAGUAAGACGGUGGAGCUGGAGGAUGUGAAGUUCCAUCAGUGUGUCCGCCUGUCACGCUUCGAGAACGACCGCACCAUCUCUUUCAUCCCCCCCGACGGCGAGAGCGAGCUCAUGUCGUACCGCCUCAACACUACAGUGAAGCCUCUCAUAUGGAUCGAGAGCGUGAUUGAGAAGUUCUCUCACAGCCGUGUGGAGAUCAAGGUGAAGGCUCGGAGUCAGUUUAAGAGUCGGUCCACCGCCAACAAUGUGUCCAUUCUGGUGCCAGUGCCCAGUGAUGCUGACUCACCCAAGUUCAAGACCAGCACAGGCAGCACCAAGUGGGUGCCCGAGAAGAGCGCGGUGCAGUGGAACAUCAAGUCUUUCCCUGGUGGGAAGGAGUACAUGAUGCGGGCGCACUUUGGCCUACCCAGUGUGGAGAGUGAAGAGCUGGAUGCGAAGAGACCAAUCACAGUUAACUUUGAGAUCCCCUAUUUCACCGUGUCUGGGAUUCAGGUUCGUUACCUUAAGAUCAUAGAGAAGAGUGGUUACCAGGCGUUGCCAUGGGUGCGCUACAUCACGCAAAGUGGAGAUUACCAGCUCCGGACAAACUAAAGGGCACAGAUGCUGCUAGACGAAUGGAUAUUUCCUCUCUGUUCAUGUCUUGCUCCCUGUCUGCAAUGGACAGCAGAGGACAAGUGCAGGAGGACAUGAAAUUUUUCCUCAGUCUGAACGGAAAUAAGACAUCAUCUCUUCCUCUAAGACACUCUCAACUCAGAUGGGAAAGGCUGUUGCAUCACCUCUAACCUGUGAUUUUUUUUUUUCUUCUUUUUUAAGGAUUCCUCAGGACUCCACUAAUACGUUAUAAUAUGCGAAAAAAUGAACUGAUGACUUUGUGACACCGUCUGGUUCUGGCAAGCUCUCAUUUCCCUCGCUUUUAAUGUCAUAUCCCUCGAGGUUAAUUUAGAGCAGAAUUUGGGGAACGACACAUCAGUUUUAAACAGGUUUUCUGCAGAAAGAGGAAACUUAAAACUAUUAUGAAUUUGAAGCAUUAUCUUUUUUGGGUGCUUGGCUUGUCCUCCUGGACAUGUAGCUUUCUUCUAUGUCAUUUAACAGAUUAUGUAGUGCCAAUAUACAAUAACUGUGAUUGUUCAUUGCUAAUUUUUAUUUCUCAAAGGGCCAUAACGUUGCACACACACAGUUUACAAUCUAAACCAUCAGAGUUGUUUGUUUUCUGUAGAGAAGGCUACAUGUUGCUCCCUGCAGGAUUUUAACUGCUACACCACAUCCUGGCAUUGUCAGCAUCUGUUACUGUACAGGUUUUUAUUCCUCAUGUUCUGUCCCUAAUUUCCACUUUACAGUACAAGUUGUUAAUCUUUGUCCCUCUCAAAGGCAUGCAUGAUUUGCUUGAACCUCUAUACUAUGUGUUCAUUGCCUUAAAGAAAUGCCUGUGUAUCACCACCUUUUGCACUGUGAAUAUAAUCCCCAGUGCACUGAAACUAACACCAGCGACCAGAUCAAUGAUUAAUAAGGCACAAUAUUGUCGGAGGCGUUGGCAGUGAAACAUAAUACCAUCGACGCAUUCCCGUGGGGCCUGUAACCUUGUCCUUGUGCUGGAAAUCAGCUUGCAGCUAUGAGGCACAGACUGAAGGAAUGAGCACGGUGCAGAAUUUUUUGUCAUAUUUUUAUCUGUUGUUUAUACUGUACUAGUUAGUCCCCUGUGGAAAAUGUCUGAAGGACAAAACGGGGGUUUGGGGGGAGAGAGGUAAAAUAACCUGAAUGGAUUUCUUUGCAGAAUCUGAGAAUAUUGACAAUAUGUUGAGGUAAUUGUUUCUCCGUGGCUCUUUUUGUCGACCUCUGCAGGCCCCUAUAUGUCUUCAAAGCAGUCUGUGGUGUAAUUCAGUCCCUCUGUUGUGCAUGCACUGCAGCACAUCAGUUCAGCUGCACUGCCACCAGCAAAAAAGAGCCCUCUGUCGAUUUAUUGCAUCUCUGCUGUUAAGUACAAAACCUCCGAUUACAAUCAUUCCAUUGUCUUGUGUGGGGACAUUUUUCAGGCACCAAUGAGGAUUGUUAAUAAGUGUGCGUUAUCAUGUGUUGUCAUUAAUUUAUCAAAUACUGUUUGUCAAUAGGAAGCAAAGGGAUAUAUUUGGAAAUAAACAAUGUUUUGUACCUUG